AUGCCUACCGAGUUGCUGAGCACCUUUCAACAAUCUGUUGUAACCGGUCUAGACCACAUGUGCCUUCCUAUGGACAAUGGCCGGUUCAGAUUCCAAGUUCAUGUGGAUUUGAAUCCAACUGUUGAUAUUGUUGACCACAUGAAACUAUUGAAUGGAGAAUUGCUCAUUCACCGUACUGUCCUUGACGAAGUGGAAAUAGCGAACACAAAGUUGAGUUCUAACCCAAAGAGUUCUAAGAUAGUGAAAUGCAUAGGAGUGAUUUCAAAACAGAGACCAACAGACGGCCCUUCUUCGUUUGUGUGCUCUAAAUGCGGCAAUGAAAACAUCCAUGUCUACGACAAUAAAUACCAGGCUGUGUUUGUUUUAGUUGGUGAUGAAGGCCGUGAGUUAACUGGAAAGCAUGCCUCCAGAAUAGUUGAUAAAUACUUUAAGGUUAAUGGUGAUCUUGAUCCUGACCAUGAGGUGCUUGCCUGUCCCACAAACUUUGAUAGACACCAUUGGAUAGAAUAG